UCUCGAUAGUAUUGCAAUUGUCAAUUCCGACAAGUGCAAACCGAAAAAAUGUCGACAGGAAUGCAAAAAGUCUUGCCCGGUCGUUCGCACUGGCAAGCUCUGCAUCGAAGUCACACCCGAUUCGAAGAUCGCCUUCAUUUCCGAACGCCUUUGCAUAGGAUGCGGUAUCUGCCCUAAGAAAUGCCCUUUCGACGCCAUCAACAUUAUCAACCUGCCCACGAACCUCGAAACUCAGGUUACCCAUCGAUACUCCGCCAACAGCUUCAAGCUACACAGGCUCCCCAUGCCACGUCCUGGCCAGGUUUUGGGUUUGGUUGGCACAAACGGUAUUGGCAAGAGCACCGCAUUGAAGAUUCUGAGCGGUAAGCUCAAGCCCAACCUCGGGCGAUAUGACAAUCCGCCAGACUGGGAGGAGAUCUUGAAGUAUUUCCGUGGCUCGGAGCUCCAGAACUAUUUCACAAAGGUUCUGGAAGACGACCUGAAGGCCGUUGUGAAGCCGCAGUAUGUGGAUCAGAUUCCCAAAGCAGUCCGGACACCAGACAAGAGCGUUGGAGCUCUCAUCAAAGGCCGGUCUCAGCUGGGCAACCUCGAUGAAAUCACCGAAGUACUGGAAUUGAAACACGUGUGGGACCGCGAUAUCAACCUACUCUCUGGCGGUGAGCUGCAGCGCUUCGCCAUUGGAACUGUGUGUGUUCAGAAGGCCGAUGUGUACAUGUUCGACGAACCAUCGUCCUUCCUUGAUGUCAAGCAACGUCUCGCUGCCAGUCGCAUCAUCCGUAGCCUGCUACGCCCCGAUGACUACGUCAUUGUUGUCGAGCACGACUUGGCCGUCCUCGACUACCUCUCCGAUUUCAUCUGUGUUCUCUACGGCAAGCCUGCCGUGUAUGGUGUGGUGACCCUGCCCGCUUCGGUCAGGGAAGGUAUCAACAUUUUCCUGGAUGGAAAUAUCCCGACGGAAAAUCUCCGCUUCAGAGAGGAGUCUCUGCAGUUCCGCAUCGGCGAGGCCGGAGAAGACUUCAUGGUCGACAAGUCACGUGGAUACCAAUACCCGAAGAUGACCAAGACCCUGGGCGAAUUCCAGUUGAACAUUGAGGCUGGUGCUUUUACCGAUUCCGAGAUCAUCGUCAUGAUGGGCGAGAACGGAACCGGCAAGACCACUUUCUGUAAAAUGCUCGCUGGGGCUCUUCAACCCGACAACGGGAAGAAGGUGCCGCCCAUGAACAUCAGCAUGAAGCCGCAGAAGAUCACGCCCAAGUUCCAAGGAACCGUUCGCCAGCUCUUUUUCAAGAAGAUCAAGGCCGCUUUCCUGAGUCCCCAGUUCCAGACUGAUGUCUACAAGCCACUCAAAAUGGACGACUUCAUCGAUCAGGAGGUGCAGAACUUGUCCGGCGGUGAACUACAGCGUGUGGCCAUCGUCCUUGCCCUUGGUAUGCCGGCUGACAUCUACCUCAUCGACGAGCCCAGCGCCUAUCUCGAUUCCGAGCAACGUAUCGUCGCUGCCCGCGUCAUCAAGCGCUUCAUCAUGCAUGCUAAGAAGACCGCUUUCGUUGUCGAGCACGACUUCAUCAUGGCUACCUACCUUGCGGAUCGUGUCAUCGUCUUCGAUGGCCAACCCGCUGUUAAGGCUCGCGCCAACGCCCCAGAGUCCCUCCUUACAGGCUGCAACAAGUUCCUCCAGAACCUGGAUGUUACAUUCCGCCGUGACCCCAACUCGUACCGUCCUCGCAUCAAUAAGUUCAACUCGCAGCUGGAUCAAGAGCAGAAGGCGAGUGGAAACUACUUCUUCCUGGAAGAUGAUAGUUGAAAAGAUCUUCCAUGGAGAAUAUACGCCGCGGGAGCAGGAUCCACCACAUAGACAUAUGAAUCGUGACGGCGGAACGAAACGAGGAAAUAGGAAAAGCGGCUCACGAAGACGUGUGGCGGCCUCCGAGGGGGAAGAGAGCGGCUCUGGUGAGGAUGACGAGGAAGACGACUCUCCCCCA